AUGAGGACUUCACACCUUUUUAGGCGGAAGUUGCCAAGUCUUGGAUGCUGCCUGUUCUGGAGCGCCGCAACAGUGGCGCUUGCUCAGGGACAACGCGCCUCGUGGCACACGCCAGCGCGGUUCAUCGUGAGCGGUGGUGGGAAGAAAGGAACAGGGAACCCCAAGGCGUCCUCCGUGAAGCGCAUGCCUCCUCCGCCUCCACCUCGGCAGCAGCGGCAGAAACCGGCAGCCUCCUCGCAGCAGGCGCACCCUGAGCCGCUGUUGGCGUCGCAGCGGCCGCUGCUGGACGUGGACAAGAUCAUCAUUGCGUUGACGGAUGUUUUUAUUGCCUACCAAAAGCAUCUCCGAGCCUGCAAUACGGUGUCACAGGCGACGGCGACAAGCCAUAGUAAGAUAGGGGGAGAAAAUGGUGUUCGCGUGCCGUUUUAUCCUCCUGUUCCACUGGGGUAUAUUGAGAAACAUUUUCAGCCGUUGCUGCUACGUCUACUCCCGGCUGAUGUCACCCGUGGCGACGGCAACUCCAAAGCGGUGCGGGUUUCAGAUAACAGUACCGAUGCGGGGAUAAAUAGGCAGCACCUUACAAGUCGGAUUCAAAGCUCUGGCGUCUUUACAUUAACCUCCCUGCAGCGUCGAAUGGUUCAACGCGAAGAGGCAAGUAACGAGGACGGCACGGCCAUUUUGCUACGUCUUCGACCAGGUGUCCGGGAGUUGGCAGUCGAGAUUGCCACGUUUCUGUUUUCCUUGGAACCACAAAAAGUCACAGUGAGAAGGGCGGUGCCGCUGGCGGUCAUCCGGCGUAUGUCGCUAACCCCAGCCGCGGCUUCUUUUAUACGUCACGAGCUCGCCAACGACGUCAGACGACUGCUGCUAGUCUACACACACGACGUCUUUGCUGUAACGAAGAAUGGUACAAUGGUCCAACUGCUAGCAGCGUCUGUAGAAGAUGGGAAAGGUGUUUUGCCCGUGACUUUGUCGGCCACAACGGCGGCAACGCGGGAGCCGGCGCAAGACCUCGUGACAUCAGCCGCACAUACACAAGAAAAUGUCGCAAGCUUCACAAACACAGAGGCGGACGCGAAGAUGCUGCCUGAUCAUGUGGCUUUUCCUUUUUCAGCUGGGGAGGAAGGCACAGUUGUACACAUGGGAAAGCGAUUUAUUGCGCCGGCCGCAAUGGAACGCUACCGGCUCUCGCGGUGUCUGGCACCUUUUCUGGAUUUUAUUUCAGUGAUAGUUCCCGUUGGCGACGGAAGUGGUGGGGAGAAUGGCUCCUUAGUGGUGGCAGAAACUGAUGAUGGCUUCGUAGAUUUCGCCGCCAUACGUGAUCGGGCGGUGGCAAACUACCCGAGCCUUGCCCCUCUUCUCGUCUUGGACCAUGGCGACUUGCCAAAGCUUCGCUGUGGUCUUCUGCUCUCCGCUCUCAGUGCAUUAGGAGUGGAGUGUCGCUGGGGACGUUCACUCCCGCCGCAACACCAGCGCCAACAGCGGCAGCUGCAGCGCCUCACCACGAACAUCGGUUCCCCCGAUGGAAAUGGGCCUGUUAUUCCUUCGCCGUCGGAUUAA